UGAGAAGCUUUUAUAUCCCACUCCGGCUUCCGUAGCCAUGUGCGCAGUGUUGUUAAAGUGAUACAGGAAGACACGUGUGUCCCUAUGAGGAAGGAAGUAACGAUCUCAGUGUGUUGAAGGACCUUCCUAAAGUCACGAUCAUGUGAUCACAGGCGUGGGAGGAGUCAGGCUGGAGACUGUGCCGCUAGAUGUUUUCAGUGGUUUUCUUUACAGUAAUGACUAUGGAGCAUUACUCCGGAAACACACCCGCGCUACUUUCUAUGGUGUGGACCACUCACACAACCUGCACCAGCCUCACUCCUCCCACCCAUGUGACUGGCACGUGAUCAUGAUGUCAUCACAGGUCCUUUAGCACCCAGGAUUGAGGACCCAUCGUGUGGGGAGUCUGCUGCUGUUUCCCGUGUGACAGUGAUAGCGAGUCCUCGGCGACAUGACCGCUGCGGCUCCUGUGCUCAAUCUGAACAAUGAGGUGGUGAAGAUGCGGAAAGAUGUGAAGAAAGUCAAAGCCCUAACAAUUCGCAAACUAAUCCGCCACAGUGCAAAGCUGAAAUCCAAAAAGGGAACAGAAGAACAAGUACUGAAAAAUCAAAGACGAGCACAAAGACUUCUCGAAGAAAUACUAACUAUGAAGAGGCUAAAACCAGAUGACGUGACUAAAACUGCAUUACGGGAAGAUAUUAACUUUGACAGCAUACUUAAUAAGGCAGACAGCACCGUGGAAAAUCGAGCCGUCACCAGAUUAGUCACUCAUCCCCUUAUCAAACAGAAGAUAUCUGCUAUUAAAGAUGCUGUUCAGAAAUUUAAAGAGACCAGAAUGAACCAAGCAAUACAAGGGUUUGAACAACAACAACCUUCUUUACCCUCCAUACCUGCAAAAAGCAUAAACCAAGAAGCUGAGAACAAGCCCAAGCAAGGGAAAGCAAAGCAGAAAAGAAAAAUAGAGGAAACAAAACAGGAGAAUAAGGUUCUUGACAGUCCUGUAUUAGAAAUGGUAGAUACGAAGAUUAAUGUUAUAGCAAAGCAGAAAAGGAAAACUGAGGUAAAUAAACUGGAGAAUAAAGUCAAUGACAGCCCUGUAGUAGAAAUGGUAGAUAAGCAAAAUGUUAUAGCAAAGCAGAAAAGGAAACCUGAGGUAAAUAAACUGGAGAAUAAAGUUAUUGACAGUCCUGUAGUAGAAAUGGUAGAUAAGCAAAAUGUUAUAGCAAAGCAGAAAAGCAAACCUGAGGUAAAUAAACUGGAGAAUAAAGUCAUUGACAGUCCUGUAGUAGAAAUGGUAGAUAAGGAGAUAGACCUUGGAGCUAGUAGCCACAGUAAUGAAGAGUCCCCUUUUCCAGCCACGCCACAAGCACAGGUUUCUCAAGCCGUUCCAGAAGUUCAGACUGAAAAGACUGUAUUACAGAGUAGUUCAGAAAAAGCUACCGUGCAAAAUAAAACCAGUAAAGUUAAACAAAAUAUCCCUGACCAAAAAGUGCCAUCUACAAAUGAAUCCGAUUCUAGUGAUCUGGAAGACUCAGACCAAGAAGAUAAGGAAUAUUUUGAUGACAGUACAGAAGAAAGGUUUUUAAAGCAGACAUCUGGAUUUGAGGACAGUGAUAGUGGCAGCGAAGAUGACUUUUUUAUUGGUAAAGUAAGACAAACAAAAAAGAAAAAAUCAAGCAGACAUGAAGACCAUGUUAUGAAGGACAAACUUCCACAAGCAAAUCUAAAACCCUCAGUUAGUGGAACAGAAGAGAAGAAGGCAAGCGCAGGCCCUAAGAAUGUGAAACUGGAAUCGGUCUUUUGCACAUCAUUAUCUAAAACUAAACAGAAGUCAUCGUUUAUGAAAAGAGAAUCUAAGUUUCCACCUGUCGGAAAUAAGAAAACAGUUUUCCCUCAAGCAAGUACUUUGUCAAGAAAACCCCAGCAUGUAAAAGCUGUAAAACAACAGAACCAGAACAAAGUACAAGAGCAGACUCUACACCCUUCAUGGGAAGCAAGCAGAAAACGGAAAGAGCAGUCCCAGAUUGCAGUAUUCCAAGGCAAAAAGACAGUUUUUGGUGAUUAGGUUUCAUUUUAAAGUUAGUUUCUAUUCUUUUUAUACACAAGAUAGUUCAUGUUUAAAUAUAAAAAUAAAAUAUUUGUGCAUAUUUCUUUUUCUUUCAUUUUAUUGUGAUGUGCUG